AUGUCGCUCAUUACACAGCCACUAUCGACAGGCUGGUUCUUCAAGGACCGCGACGCCGAUACCUGGCUGCCGGUGCCUUCCGUGCCCUCUGUGGUGCAGCAAGAUCUGAUCGCCAACCAAAAGCUCGAAGAUCCAUUUGUCGGGUUCAAUGAAUUGAAAGCCCGCUGGGUCAACGAGAAAUCAUGGGUCUACCGGACGACGUUUCAAAAACCGGCGACUCCCGCAGGCGCCACCAUCGCGCUGGUAUUUGAUGGGCUGGACACCUUUGCCACGGUAAAGCUAGAUGGUCAGAUCAUCCUGCACAGUGACAACAUGUUUAUAGGCCAUCGAGUGGAUGUGACCACCUCGCUGGAGGCCGACAGCGAACACACGCUCGAGGUUGAGUUCGAUUGUGCGCUGCUCCGGGCACGCGAGCUCCGGAACCAGGACCCAGGACACAAGUGGGUUGGGUUCAACGGAGAUAUGGCGCGUCUGGCGGUGCGCAAAGCGCAGUAUCACUGGGGCUGGGACUGGGGUCCCUUUCUGAUGACGGCUGGCAUUUGGCGUGCUGUACGACUUGAGGUCUAUACUGCACGGAUAGCGGAUCUCUGGCCCCAAACCCAGCUGGCAGCGCACUACCAGACUGCAGAGGUCACUGCAGUUGCCACACUAGACACUGUUGUCGACGGGCCGUACACAGCCCGCUUUAGCUUGGGUGUGGGCGGCCAUGAGAUCGCAGCUCAAGAAAUCCCCGUCCAGGAGGAAAAGACAUCCCAGGUGACAUUUCGAGUCAACCACCCAGUUCUUUGGUGGCCGCAUGGCUACGGCGAACAGACUCUGUAUGAGAUAACCGCCACACUGCUGUGCAAUGACGAGGUGGUAGACCACGCUUACAAGAAGUUUGGCAUCCGCAACGCAGAACUUAUUCAGAGGCCCGACAAGCAUGGCAAAUCCUUCUUCUUCCGGGUCAACGGGAUGGACAUCUUCUGUGGAGGCUCUUGCUGGAUCCCAGCUGAUAGCUUGCUACCAGCCAUCAGUGCAGAACGGUACCGCAAAUGGAUCGAGCUCAUGGUAGCGGGACGACAGGUGAUGAUCCGAGUCUGGGGCGGUGGAAUCUACGAAGAUGACUCGUUUUAUGAGGCAUGCGAUGAACUCGGAGUGCUGGUCUGGCAAGACUUCAUGUUUGGGUGCGGUAACUACCCAACCUGGCCUGCGAUGCUAGAGUCGGUGCGCCAGGAGACGGUGUACAAUGUCCGGCGCUUGCGGCAUCAUCCCUCGAUUGUAAUCUACGUCGGAAAUAACGAAGACUAUCAAGUGCAGGAGUCGGAAAGACUGACCUACAAUUACGAGGAUAAAACCCCAGACAGCUGGCUGCAGACAGAUUUCCCGGCCCGCUACAUCUACGAGAAACUGCUCCCGGAAGUGGUGGCCGAACACUCGCCUAGCACGUUCUAUCAUCCAGGAAGUCCGUGGGGAGAUGGGAAAAUCUCGUCCGAUCCCACGGUUGGGGAUAUGCAUCAGUGGAAUGUCUGGCAUGGCACACAGGAGAAGUAUCAGAUAUUUGACACUCUCGGCGGACGGUUCAACAGCGAGUUCGGCAUGGAGUCCUUCCCACAUAUGUCCACAAUCGACUACUUUGUCGAGAACCCUGAAGACAAGUACCCGCAGUCGCAUGUACUGGAUUUUCACAACAAGGCAGAUGGGCAUGAACGGCGCCUGGCGACAUACCUUGUAGAAAACCUGCGGACAGCCACCGACCUCGAGACAUACGUCUACCUCACGCAAGUCGUGCAGGCCGAAACCAUGAUGUUUGGGUAUCGGGGCUGGCGCCGACAAUGGGGUGACGAGCGACACUGUGGAGGAGCACUGCUGUGGCAGCUAAAUGACUGCUGGCCGACCAUCUCCUGGGCCAUUGUCGAUUAUUUCCUGAAGCCUAAGCCCGCCUAUUAUGCUGUGAAGCGGGUGCUGAACCCCAUCGCUGUCGGGGUGCGGCGCGAGCACCACGACUGGAGCGUAGCGCAUGCGCAACCGCCACGAGCCAGUCGCUAUGAGCUGUGGAUCUCCAGCAGCCGCGCGCACACUGUUCAAGGUCGCGUCGAGCUGCGAUUCCUGUCCGUCAACACGGGCCAGGAUAUCCGCCGGCCGAUUGUGCGCGACGACAUCGCCAUCACGGCGAAUGGUACGACCAAUAUUAUCACGGAUGGAGUGAUCGACCAUUUUUCCGUGCCCGAGCCGCAUGUCUUAGCUGCCAGACUGUGGGUGGGCAACCAAAUCGUGGCGCGAGACGUCGACUGGCCUCAACCUUUCAAGUAUCUGAACCUGACAGGGCGAAAGCUCGACAUUCAGUUGCGGCGGGGGUUAAGUGAGACAUUCUUGAUCAUCAAUGCACGCAAUCCUGUCAAGUGUCUGGUCUUCGAGGAGCAGGAUGGGGUGCAGUUUAGUGACAACGCGAUGGAUAUUGUCCCAGGGGACGAGCAGAUCGUGACUGUUAAGGGGCUGGGUGAGCAACCGGUGAAAUACCGUCAUUUGGGCAAGAAUUCUGUGCUGUAG